AUGGAGUUCAACAUUGACGACUUGCCCGUGCUUUUCCCAUAUCCGCAGCAAUAUGCCUACAUGGUGGAUUUGAAAAAAACGCUCGAUGCCGGGGGCAACUGCGUGCUGGAAAUGCCCUCGGGCACAGGGAAGACCGUCACUCUGCUGUCUCUCAUCGUGGCCUACCAGCAGUACUAUCCGUCACACCGCAAGCUUAUUUACUGCUCUCGAACAAUGUCUGAGAUCGAAAAGGCACUGGCAGAACUGAAGUCCUUGAUGAAGUUCCGCACGGAACGGUUGGGGCAUGAAGAAGAGUUCCGGGGUCUUGGUCUGACCAGUCGAAAGAACCUCUGUCUCCACCCAUCCGUAAAACGGGAGAAGAGCGGGAACGUCGUUGAUGCUCGCUGCAGGAGUCUGACGGCCGGGUUUGUCAAGGAGAAGAAGGAGAAGGGGGAGGACGUGGAAGUCUGCGUAUACCACGACAACCUUGAUCUCCUCGAGCCUCAUAACUUGAUUCCCAAUGGCGUCUGGACGUUAGAUGGCCUUUUGCGGUAUGGGGAGCAACACAAACAGUGCCCCUAUUUCACUGCCCGGCGGAUGAUGCAAUACUGCAAUGUCAUUAUCUACUCCUACCACUACCUCUUGGACCCCAAGAUUGCCGAGCGUGUUUCCAAGGACCUGUCCAAAGACUGCAUCGUGGUCUUCGACGAAGCGCAUAACAUCGACAAUGUGUGCAUCGAGUCUUUAAGCACAGAUAUAACAGACGACUCGCUACGGAAAGCCACGAGGGGUGCUCAUAACCUGGAGAACAAGAUCAAUGAGAUGAGAGACUCGGACCAGCAGAAGCUGCAGGACGAGUACGAGAAGCUUGUUGAGGGUCUCAGGGGAGCUGAUGAUGGCCGCCAGGAGGACUCCUUUAUGGCAAAUCCGACCCUCCCAGAAGACUUGCUCAAAGAGGCGGUCCCUGGUAACAUCAGGAGGGCUGAGCAUUUCGUUGCCUUUCUCAAACGGUUCAUCGAGUAUCUGAAGACGCGGAUGAAAGUGCGCCAGGUGAUCUCGGAAACCCCCCCGUCCUUCCUCGCCCAUCUCAAAGAGCAUACCUUCAUCGAGAAAAAACCGCUUCGCUUCUGCGCUGAGCGACUGACGUCGCUGGUGCGGACGCUUGAGCUCACCAACAUCGAGGACUACCAACCUCUGCAAGAAGUCGCUACGUUUGCGACCCUGGUGGCGACCUACGAGAAGGGCUUUCUUCUGAUACUCGAGCCGUUCGAGUCCGACACGGCUGAAGUGCCGAACCCCGUGCUGCAUUUCACCUGUUUGGACGCGGCCAUCGCUAUCAAACCCGUGUUUGACCGCUUCAGCUCGGUCGUCAUCACGUCUGGUACCAUGUCUCCGCUAGAGAUGUACCCCAAGAUGCUCGACUUCCCGACGGUUGUGCAGGAGUCCUACAGCAUGACGCUCGCGCGGCGGUCUUUCCUCCCGAUGAUUGUGACCCGCGGCAGCGACCAGGCGUCCAUCUCGACCAGCUUCCAGGUUCGCAACGAGCCAAGCGUGGUGCGCAACUACGGCAGCCUCCUCACCGAGUUCGCCAAGAUCACGCCCGACGGCCUGGUCGUGUUCUUCCCGUCCUACCUCUACAUGGAGUCCAUCAUCAGCAUGUGGCAAGGAAUGGGCAUCCUCGACGAGGUCUGGAAAUACAAGCUCAUCCUCGUCGAGACGCCCGACGCGCAGGAGACCUCGCUCGCCCUCGAGACCUACCGCACGGCCUGCUGCAACGGCCGCGGCGCCGUGCUCCUCUGCGUCGCCCGUGGCAAGGUGUCCGAGGGCAUCGACUUCGACCAUCAGUACGGUCGCACAGUGCUCUGCAUCGGCGUCCCCUUCCAGUACACCGAAUCCCGUAUCCUCAAGGCGCGCCUCGAAUUCCUACGCGAGACCUACCGGAUCCGCGAGAACGACUUCCUCUCCUUCGAUGCCAUGCGCCACGCUGCGCAGUGUCUGGGCCGCGUGUUGCGUGGCAAGGACGACUACGGCCUGAUGGUGCUCGCCGACCGGCGUUUCCAGCGCAAGCGGCCGCAGCUGCCCAAGUGGAUCAACCAGGCCCUGCUUGACGCCGACGUUAACCUCAGUACCGAUAUGGCGGUCAGCAGCGCGCGGCGGUUCUUGCGGACCAUGGCCCAGCCAUUCCGUGCGCGCGACCAGGAGGGGAUCAGCACGUGGAGCAUGGCGGAUCUGCGGAAGCAUCAGGAGAAGAUGGAUGAGGAUCGGAUCAAGGCGUUGGAGUUGCAGGCGUUGGAGCAGACGCAGCAGCAGGAGCGCGCCGCUGCGCAGAGAAAUGGGAACGAGGAGAGUGAUUAUGAGAUGGAUGAGGAUGAUGAGGCCGAGUUGAUGGCAUUGGAUCGGUAA